CGUAUAUGAGUUUGGCAUCCACGUGUCUGCGGGCUGCGGGCACCUCUUCGCCUCUGCAUCUCAGAGGGCGCACAGCAGUGCCUUCUCUUAUUUGUGGAGUCAUGGAUUUCCGGUGGAAGUCAAUUGUCGUUACAGCAGCAGCUUUGGGUGUACUACUCUAUUCUCUGUUCACUAUCCGAUCGCACAAGAAGAAGGAGAGCAAGUACCAUCCCAUAGCGGGCACAAAAGUGAAUCAGAUACUCAAUUUCAAUAGGUUACACCAUUUCAUGACAGAAGUUACUGCUCAGCACAAGACUUACAGGCUUAUUGGCCUUUUAGGAAUGAAAUCUACACUGCUGAACCUUCAAAUAUUGAGUAAAUACUCAAAAGCAAUUUUGAGAAUUAUGGCAAGGGCUGGUACAACUACAGCAUCCUAAGGGAUUUGCUAGGUCAUGGAAUUUUCACAGUUGAUGGUGAUAAGUGGCGCCAACAGAGAGAUUUCGAGCUACGAACUCUCUACGAGGAUGCUAAGGGAUUUCGGCAGCAUGGUCUUCCUGAAAAUGCCAUCGGCGCCUAUGCGACAUGGAGCACCCCUGCUACUCGUCCCAGUAAUUAGGAUCCCAGUGAUCCCAAUGAUCCCAGUUGUUGAAGUGUAUGGAGGAGAUCAAAAAUACAAAUGGGGCUAAUCACUUGCACUUUUAAUCUUCUCCAUACAUCUCAGCAACUAGGAUCG